AUGGCGCGCGCCUUCGCCCCGCUCGGGCGGCUGGACGAGAACGUCGUCGCCGGGCGAGAUGCGAACGCCGCGCCGAUGGCGCGUCUGAAGGAGAGCAGGAGAGCCGCCGCGGCGGCGGCGAGCGCGGCGUACGUCGCGACCGCGCGCGCGACGAGAUCGAAAUCUCAUUCGCGCGCGGGCUCGGGCUCCGGCGCGUCGUCGUCGUCGUCGUCGUCGUCGUCGUCGUCGUCCAUCUCCGCCGCGACGCCGGCGCCGCGGCCGCCGCCGAGCUCGGUGUUCAAGCCGCCGCCGCGCGGCGGGAUGCGAGCGUCGUCGGACCGACGCGGGGAAGCGAUCGCGGAGGAGGAAGAGGAGGACCUCGACGUGUACGACGACGAGCGCGGCGAACGGAGGAACGACGACGAGGAUGAUGCAGACGUUCCCCGGGAAGAGGAAGCCGACGCGGACGACGACGACGAGUGCGACGAAUAUUACGACGGCGACGAAUAUUACGACGACGAAGAGGAGGAGGACGUGCGGUUCCCCGGCGAACGCGACGCGUCGGCCUCGACGUCCGCGUCGUCGUCGUCGUCCGCGCCAUCCGCGCCGCGUCCUAUUGCCUCCGUCUCCGUCGUCGACAACGACCUGAACGCCGGGACGUACCGCGCGCCCGCGAUGCCUCCCUCGCUGCCACCCUCCGCGACCGUCCCCGUCGUCGAGUGCGCGCACAUCGUCGCCGCGGCGAUCAACGGCGAGCCGCUCGCGCCGUUCAUGCUCGUAAAGGGAGCGUCCGCGGCGGCGAUGGCGAGCGUCAGGCGCGUUCUCCUUCACGCUGGGCUCACCCUCGGCGCCGCGGAAGCGCGCGCGGCGCUGCGCGGAGGAGGGCGCGACGGGCGCGGCGGCGGGUUCGAGAAGACCGCGGCGUGCGCGGCGAGAGCCGCGGAGGAGCGCGCGAGAGUCGCGGAGGCGCGCGCGAAGGCGUCGGACGCGGCGAGGCGCGCCGCGGAGGACGACGCGAGCGCGUUGAAGAAGGCGCUGAAGAAGACGCAGGCGGCGCUGAAGGGCACAGGCGCGCAUGGACCCGGGGGGUCCGAGCGCGAGGCGAGGCUCAGGGCGCGCGCGGAGAGCGCCGCGAGCGAGGCGGCGGGUUUGCGCGCGGAGGUGAAGCGGCUGAGGCUCGUCGCUGAGGAGGGCGCGCGCGCGGAGGAGAAGCUCGGGGAGAAGAAAAGCGUGUUGGCGAGCGCGGAGGCGGAGUUGCGAGAGGCGAAGGACGCGGCGAGCGCGGCGCGGGAGGAGACGCGCGUUAUCCGCGAGCGGCUGACGCGCGAGCUCGAGGAAAGCGCGCGAUCGGACGCGGCGCGCGCGGACGCGGAGCGCGCGUGGUUCGCGCGAGAGAUGUCAGACGCGUCGACGCGGAUGCGAAACGACCUAAACGAUGUCGCCGCCGACGCGAAACGAAUCGUCGCCGACGCGCUCGACGGCGUCGCCGCGGCGCGACGAGCGGCGCGAGCGUCCAAGGCGCACGCGGACGCGCUCGCGACCGAGUGCGCGGCGCUCAGGGCGCGCGCGAAGCGCGCGACCGAGGACGCGGCGGCGCGCGACGCGGCGGCGCGCGACGCGGCGGCGGCGAGCGCGUCGGCCGAAUCGCAGCUCGCGACGGCGUUGAGAGACAAGACCAAGGCGGAAGACCGCGCCACGGACGCGGAGUACCGCUGCGCGGAGGCGCUGCGCGAGCGCGCGGAGGAGGCGGCGAUCGCGACGUCGCGCCUCGAGACGACGGAGGAGUUGAUCGAGGAGCGCGACGCCGCGACGGAACGCGCCGAGCGCGCGGAACGCGACGCGGCGGAGGCGAGGACGGCGUCGGACGUCGCCAAGGAAGAGAUGGCGAUGGCGUGGGGCGAGGCCGCCGCCGCGGAGAGGGCCGCGGAGAGGAACCUCUCGAGCGCGUACGACGCGUUCGGCGGCGAGCUGCGAGCGCUCAGGAGGCGGUACUUUGUCCGAGACGACGGCGACGACGACGACGACGACGACGACGGCGGCGACGACGGGCGGUACGCGACGACGCGGCCGCGGCUCGACCUCGAAGCGCUCGUCGCCGCGAUGAUCGCGUUCAAGGAAGCGUCCAGAAGGGACGAGGCGUUCGAUCGCGAGCUCGCGUCGUCGUCGUCGUCGUCCGGAAGCGCGAAGGAAGCCGCCGCGGCUCGGAGGGAGCUUCGGAGGAUCGAGGAGUGCGUGCUGGUGGCGCUCGCGGACGCCGCGGAGACGAAGGCUGUCGCGAAGGCUUCGGACGUCGUCGCGAAGACGAUCGUCUCCGUCGCGUCGAAGAAGAAGAGGGGCGGGGAUGAGGAGAGGGAGAAGGAGGCGCCCGCGCCGUGCGAGAGCCCGGUGAUCGUCGCGAGAGGAGGAGGGGGGAGGAAGAGUAGCGGCGGAGAAGGCGGCGACGCGGCGGGGCGGAAAAACGCGCUCACGGCGUCGGACGACGACGUCUUGUCGCUUCUGAACUGA